AUGUGGUCGUCUCUCACCGCGUCUUUCAGCAAGCUUGGCCUGCGCAAUGCGGCCGUUGCAGGACCCUCUGUCGCCUCGCCCGUCCGUUCGCUUCACAUGACCUCGGCCGCUCGUCCCUCGCUGCGCACCACACCUGCCUCGCCUACAUCUCAGCUGGGCAGUGCUCGUCACAAGUCGAACCUCGCACCGCGUAGGACAAAGUACCGCAAGGCGCACAAGAUCACCAUCCCCUUCAACACUGGCGGCUCAACCAAGGGUACCACGGUGCAGGAGGGUGUGUAUGGCAUUCGUCUGCUCGCCCCCGCACGUCUGUCGGCAAAGCAGCUGGUUGCAGCCGAGACUGCGCUCAAGCGAAAGCUCAAGGUGGUCAAGGGCGCCCAGGUGUUCCUGCGCGUGUUCCCGGAUAUCCCCGUCUGCAUCAAGGGCAACGAGACACGUAUGGGUAAGGGCAAGGGCAGCUUCGAGUACUGGGCCUGCCGCGCCAACAUGGGCAAGGUCAUUUUUGAGAUCGGCGGACCCGUCGAGAUCCGUCCCGAGGUCGCCAAGGAGGCUCUUCGUCUCGCCUCGGCCAAGCUGCCCGUACCCACCGAGUUUGUGACCACUGCGUCGGCUCCUCGCCUCGGCAACAAGGUGCUCCAACCCGCAGCUGCCUCGUCUGCAACUGAUGGACCCGAUUCGACACCCGCACCGACCUCGUCGUAA